CAUCUUGAGAGGAGGCUGCGCAGUUGUAUAUAUAACUUAGAUUUCCUUCCAUUCUAUUUCUCUUCUUUAUAUCGUUCUUUCUUUCUUCUUCUUCCUCUGUACGAAAUUCAACAACCAUGUCUGGGGAAUCAGCUAGUGCAAUCCCAAGAAGCCAAGUUGAUCUGUUGGACUUCAUUGACUGGUCUGGGGUUGAAUGUCUCAACCAAAGCACAAGUCACUCUCUCGCUAACGCUCUCAAGCAGGGCUACAGAGAGGAUGAUGGUUUGAAUCUGGAGAGUGAUGCGGACGAGCAGCUUCUGAUUUACAUUCCUUUUAAUCAAGUGGUAAAAUUGCAUUCUUUUGCCGUUAAGGGGCCUGAAGAGGAAGGUCCCAAGACUGUGAAACUUUUUUCAAACAGGGAGCAUAUGGGAUUCAGCAAUGUCAAUGACUUCCCACCAAGUGACACUGCUGUUCUGUCCCCCGAUAGUCUUACGGGAAAACCAGUUGUUUUAAAGUAUGUCAAGUUUCAGAAUGUUCGCAGCUUGACAAUAUUUAUUGAGGACAAUCAAUCUGAUUCCGAAGUUACUAAAGUCCAAAAAAUCUGUCUCUACGGCACAACUGUUGAAACGACAGACAUGAAGGGCUUGAAGAAGAUUGAGGAUGGUCACUAAAGAAAUUAGUAGAUGAGUGGAUACAACAAUUUGGAUUACUGGAACUAUUGUUGAUUUUCACUUUGCUUUUUCAAAUUUUUUUGAUUGAAAUUGCAAUUUGCAAUAUAAUAACUUUCAUGUGAAUUCAAGUUGCUUUCUUAAUUACCAAUUCCUUUCCUGCCCCAGAAUUUCUGAUUAAGCCUAUUUACUUGAGUGGUUUGUUAUUUGGCUCAUCAUCUCAUUUGAUGUAUGGUUGGAGAGAAAGGAAUGGAAUGAAGAAAAUUCAUUUUUAUUUGGUUACAAAUUACAAUCUAAACAUUGGAAUUGAAGGCUGCUUUCCAUUCAUGAAAGGCACUCAUUGAUGUUCUCCA